AUGUGGGACAUUCUUUCACCUCUCCUUAAAGAAAUUCAUGGAGAACUUACUGAUGAAUUAAAAUAUCAAAAACUUAAACAUGAAGUUAAAGAUUGUCGUGAACUUAUUGAAAGGUUGGCAGCAAAAGCUAAACUUAACCCUUUAAGUGUGGAAUUUUCCCAACAUCUUGACAAACAUGAUAAAUUAAGUUAUUUGAGAGAUGAAUUUAAUAUUCCAAAAUCGCGUGAUGUUAUUCCAAAUGAUGUUGUGGCAUUGAAACCUAAUGAAUCUAGUAUAUAUUUUUGUGGUAACUCUCUUGGGCUAAUGCCAAAGCGUGUAAAACAUUUGGUGAAUCAAGAACUUGAUGUGUGGGCUGCAUCUGGUGUAAAUGGUCAUUUCACACAUCCGUACAAUCGUCCAUGGUUAUCUAUUGAAGAUACCGUAGUAGAAAAAACUGCAGAGAUUGUUGGUGCAAAGCCUAUCGAAAUAGCCAUAAUGAACACACUUACUUCAAAUCUUCAUCUACUUAUGGCUUCGUUUUAUACUCCAACAAAACAUAGAAACAAGGUUCUGAUGGAAGCUAAAGCUUUUCCAUCGAAUCAGUAUGCAGUUGAGUCCCAAAUUAAAUUUCACGGUUAUGAUCCUGCCACAACAUUGAUUACGGUUAACUCACCUCCCGGUGAAUACACGAUCAAUUUGGAUGAUAUCUUGAAUACGAUUGAAAGGGAGGGUUCUUCGAUCUCUUUGAUUCUUUUCAGUGGUGUUCAUUACUAUUCUGGGCAGUUCUUUAAAUUAAAAAAGAUAACUGCUGCUGCUCAGAAGAAGGGAUGUGUUGUUGGAUUCGAUUUGUGUCAUGCGGUGGGUAAUGUAGUUCUCAAACUUCAUAAAUGGAAUGUUGACUUUGCAGCGUGGUGUUCAUAUAAAUAUUUGAAUUCCGGUCCUGGUGGUAUUGCUGGUAUUUUCAUUCAUGAGAAACAUGCACAUGAUUUUAAUCGACCUAGAUUUGCAGGAUGGUGGGGUUCCGAUAGGAGGUCGAGAUUCCAGAUGGAUAAACCAUUUAACCCCAUCCCUGGUGCUGGAGGUUUCCAAGUAUCCAAUCCCUCAGUAUUGAAUACAGUUUCACUUCUUGGGAGUCUCGAUGUGUUCUCAAAAACCAGCAUGGUCCAACUUCGAUCAAAAUCAAUUCUCCUAACUGGUUAUUUAGAUUACCUUUUGGACAAGCAACUUAAUGGUUUAGGAUAUAAACUUAUCACUCCACGUGAUCCUCAUCAACGCGGUUGUCAAAUUUCUCUCGUAUAUGAUGAAGAUAAAUUAGAUAAAGUGAUUAAAGGAUUGAUGAAACAUGGUGCAGUUGUUGACGAAAGAAGUCCUGAUUGUAUCAGAAUUGCGCCUAAUCCUAUGUACAAUAGUUUUUCUGAAGUAUUUAGAUUUGUCAAGGCUUUAAAAUCUAUUAUGGAGGAAUUGGGAUUUAAAUUUGAGGCCAAAAAGUAA